AUGCUCCCUAAACAGAGCCUGCUGGCCCUCGUUGCCGCCCUCUUCGUCAUCAUCGCGGCGUCCAUGGACACUUUCAGCAACGCGAUUUCCCCUACCACCAUGUCCACAUCGGCCAGCGCAACUCCUUCAACCUUGUCGGACAAGGCCAUGCUCACUUUCACCACCUCGACUCUUUCUACUGCCAUUGCCACUUCAGCCAACGGGACUUCAGCCAACGGGACUUCAGCCAACGGGACUUCAGCCAACGCGACUACUCCUCCAGCCUUGUCGGAAAACGAAGAUUCUCCUUACAUCCUUUGCAAGAUAAACCUCUACAAUGGCGUUGAUCCACAGUAUUUCGACAGCGUUGCCAACCACCUCAAAGGCCUCACCGGCAAUGCCACCCUCGGCCACAAGGAUGGUGAAGCUUGGUGCUGGCGCUACAGCUGCCAACACGACUGUGCCAUCUAUGCCUGCAAUGACAAGCAGGAAGACCAGCAGGUCCCUUGGUCUACCAUGGCUGCGUACGCAGAGCAGAUCAAGAAGAAGUGCACUUAUAUAUGGUCCGACAAGGGAAAGGAGGAAAAGAGGGUUCAGGGGCAAGCUUUCAAUGCGGAUGGCUGGAACGUGGUCGUGGGCAUGAGACGCGGUAACAAUUGUUGA